CCUCCUCCUCCGCCAUCAUCUGCCGCCGUGCGGGGAGCAGGUGGUGUUGGAGGCUCGAGCGGCGAGAACCGCUCGGAGAGCUGACGGACGAGUGGGCUGGGCAUCGGGGCCGCUGGACUGGAGGCGGCGACCCCCACCUGACCUGACCCGGACCCUAAAUCAGUCCCCGCCCCGCCGGACCGACGUACGCGCUCCAGUCGACCCACGCGGCGGCGCCGCCUGUUUACGGUUGCAGAUUUCCAGGGGAGCCCACCAGCGUGGCCAGCAUGGCCUCUGAAGACAUUGCCAAGCUGGCAGAGACGCUAGCCAAAACCCAGGUGGCCGGGGGACAGCUGAGUUUCAAGGGCAAGAGCCUCAAACUCAACACUGCAGAAGAUGCCAAAGAUGUGAUUAAGGAGAUUGAAGAUUUCGACGGCUUAGAGGCCUUGCGCCUGGAGGGCAACACGGUGGGCGUGGAAGCAGCCAGGGUCAUCGCCAAGGCCUUGGAGAAGAAGUCGGAGUUGAAGCGAUGCCACUGGAGCGACAUGUUCACGGGAAGGCUGCGGUCUGAGAUCCCACCUGCCCUGAUCUCACUCGGGGAGGGACUCAUCACAGCCGGGGCCCAGCUGGUGGAGCUGGACCUGAGUGACAACGCGUUCGGGCCCGACGGCGUGCGAGGCUUCGAGGCCCUGCUCAAGAGCUCCACCUGCUUCACCCUGCACGAACUCAAGCUCAACAACUGUGGCAUGGGUGUCGGUGGCGGCAAGAUCCUGGCAGCAGCUCUGACUGAGUGUCAUCGGAAGUCCAGUGCCCAAGGCAAGCCGCUGGCCCUGAAGGUCUUCAUGGCUGGCAGAAACCGUCUGGAGAACGACGGAGCCACUGCCUUAGCAGAGGCUUUUGGGAUCAUCGGGACUCUGGAGGAGGUCCACAUGCCGCAGAACGGGAUCAAUCACCCCGGUGUCACUGCCCUGGCCCAGGCGUUCGCCAUCAACCCCCUGCUGCGGGUCAUCAACCUGAACGACAACACCUUCACCGAGAAGGGUGCCGUGGCCAUGGCCAAGACGCUGAAGGCCUUGCGGCAGGUGGAGGUGAUCAACUUCGGGGACUGCCUGGUGCGCUCCAAGGGCGCCGUCGCCAUCGCAGACGCCGUCCACGGGGGCCUGCCGAAGCUGAAGGAGCUGAACUUGUCAUUCGGUGAAAUCAAGAGGGAUGCUGCUCUGUCUGUUGCUGAGGCCGUGGCUGACAAGGUGGAGCUGGAGAAACUGGACCUCAAUGGCAACAACCUGGGAGAAGAAGGCUGUGAGCAGCUCCAGGAAGUGCUGGAUGGCUUCAACAUGGCCAAGGUGCUGGCGUCCCUCAGUGAUGAUGAGGGUGAGGAUGACGAGGACGAGGACGAGGACGAGGAGGAGGAGGAGGAGGAGGAGGAGGAGGAGCCACAGCCGGGAGAGCGAAGGGAGCGGCCGACCGCACCGCCCAGGAAGAUGCUGGAUCCUGACGGUGGGGAACCAGCUCCUGUCCUGUCCUCCCCGCCUCCUGCAGACGUCUCCACCUUCCUGGCCUUCCCCUCCCCGGAGAAGCUGCUGCGCCUCGGGCCCAAGAGUUCCGUGCUGAUAGCCCAACAGACUGACACAUCUGAUCCGGAGAAGGUGGUCUCUGCCUUCCUGAAGGUGUCCUCCGUGUUCAAGGACGAAGCCACAGUGAGGUCGGCGGUGCAGGAUGCAGUAGAUACCUUGAUGAAGAAGGCCUUCAGCUCAUCCUCCUUCAACUCCAAUGCCUUCCUCACCAGGCUCCUCAUCCACAUGGGGCUGCUCAAGAGUGAAGACAAGAUCAAGGCCAUUGCCAACCUGUACGGCCCCCUGAUGGCAUUGAAUCACAUGGUGCAGCAGGAGUACUUCCCCAAGGCCCUUGCUCCUCUGCUGCUGGCAUUCGUGACCAAGAGAUGUUGCCUCAACCCGUGGGCCUUCGCUUGGACUGUCUGGGGUGUCCCCACGUGGUGGCCCUAGCCCCCGCCUGCCAACCCCUGACGAAGCCCGGCUCCCUCUGUCUCCUUCCAACCCCUGGUUGGGACUGUUCGCUCUGCAUUCCCAUCAUCCCCUGUGUGGCCCUUGGGCUGGGCAUGGACACCCUCGCCCUUGAUGGUCAGUUGACAGGCUGCCUCCUCCUGGCUUGUUGCCUGCCUUCCAGUGCAGGCCUCAGUCUAUUCCACUUUAAAAGAGGGGGGCUUGGUAAGAGCUGCCCCCAGGGCUUGGGGGUGACUGAGCGACGGUGGAGUGAUAUGCAUGCCCCCUUCCCUCAAGUCCCAGCCCAGUGGUCUGGGAUCCAAGCCCGGACGGGACCAGGUAAGGUGUCUGUGGGCUUCGGUCCUGGCUGCACCACAGGCUCACCCAUCCCCCUGAGCAUCUUUCACCAGUUUCUUUCUCUGCAGUGAGACUAAUGAUCUUGAUGGUAACCUGUUACUCGUAGGGGCCCAGGUGGGACUCCUGUGGUCCACUCUUACAUGUGCACUAGCAGCUGCUGAGGGCUCCCUGGCCCUGUGCACACUGGAGAGGCCUCGGAGAGCCUGUCUGGUGGAGAGCAGAGGCCCAGGUUCCCUGCCGGCUCGGCGGGCCUGUAUUCUGGCCAGCUCUAGGCCAUGUGGCCUCGGGUGUAUCACCCGCCCCUCUUAGCCCCACCUACCCCCACCUGCAGAAGGUGGGAGCUACCGUCUCCCUUGCAAAGUCACUGUGAAAAUGAGAACGAUGGAGUCGGGUGUAUAUUUUGACCUCAGAAACGGCCCCCACUCCAUCUUCACAGGGGGGAAACUGGCCCUGCUGUAGCCUGAGCUUCCUGGCCCCCAGAGGUGCCCGCCCCACCUGCUGACCCUUCUUUCCCCGCAGGCCCAAUGGCGCCCUGGAAUCCUGCUCCUUUGCCCGCCACAAUCUACUGCAGACGCUCUACAAGGUCUAGACGCAAUCUGGUCUCUCCCCAUCCCUCGGCCUGGACCGGUGCCCUGGGAAGGGACUCAGAGGAAGGACUCUGGCCAGCAGCAGGGACGGUCUUUGUCGCGUGUGUCGUGUCUCCUGAGUACGUGUGUUGGUGCGGCGUAUGUGCAGGUGUGUGCUUCGUGUCGGGGUUCGCAUUUUUAACGUCUCCCUGCUGGCCUGGCCCUGGUCCCGCUGGAGGGGAGCUGGCCCCCAGGCGGAAGGGCUGCAGGCUGCUCUGCCAUUAAACUCACCGCCAUCUGAGGACGCUCUGCUGAUCUGUGCCGCAGGCGCCAGGCCCUGGUGGCUGUCCCCACCCACCUCGCCUUCCUUAUCCUCUGGGGCUGCACCAAAGCCUGGGGUGUUGCUGUCCGUGUGCUGUUCCCUCCGUGUUGUGGCUGGGUGUUUCCUGCCCUGCCUGGGGCUGCUCACCCGAUGGCUGCCUCUGCUUCCUGUCGCCAAGUCCCGGUCCUGCAGCCGCCACUCUUCCUACCAUCCACCCACGCUGUGCUGAGCCCUCAGCCCGAGGGCCAGAGACUGCUGUGCGUGGGGCCGCGAGCAGAGGGCAAGACCCUGGCACCCACACCGUGUGGACAGGAAGAGAAGCCAGUGGGCAGACGCUAGGGUCUAGGCGCUGGACUUGCCUGGACGGUGCCGGCUCUGUGCCCGGUGGGCCCUUCUCUGGCUGCGGAAGUGUCUGUGACAGGCCUGCGUGCUGAGCUGGAGGGGGCAUCUGGGCAGGCCCAAACCUGUUCUCCAGCCUGGGGGGGCAGGGCCAGGGCCCACUGAUGCCUGAGCUGCAUCUUGGGCACCCUUAAGGAUCUGGGGCAGGGGCCGGGUGGGGGCUGGGCAUGCCCUGUGACACCUUGCUUCCUCUCAUGCUCUUUGUGUGUCUGGGCUGUGCCCGGGGCUUCACAAAUAAAGUCAUGUGUACCAGCAGCGGAGACUUGAGAAGCUUUUCACCUAAAGUGGGCUGUUCUCAAGGUCUUGGUGCCUGGGGUCCCACCUCAGCAUGGCCACUGUGACCCCAUCUUGGUCUGUAGUAGGGGGGCAGUCCAUCUUGCAGAAGAGCCACCGGGCCAGCCCUGUGUCAUGACCUGGGGCAGACCUGGAUGCUUCCUCUGUUGUGGGCAUGCCGGCUCCCAUGGGACAGCUGGGUGGGUGGUACCCAGGAGGGGCAGCGACCCAUAGGGGUCGGGGAGGGUGGUGGGACUCCUGCUCCGGGCAGGGGAGGAUCUGAGUUGCGGCCUGUCUCACCUGCCUGGCCCCACUUCACCCUUUACCCGACCUCUGGGCUGCUGCUCCACUGGCCCCUUCAUUGCCCCAUUGGUGGGCCUGGCUGAGCUGGACGGUGUCCAGAGUUUGCCACAGGCCCUGCUGGCUGCACAGGCAGGGGCCCCUGGGCCUGCCUGGGAAGCUGCCAUGGGGCCCAGAGUGGAGGGCACCACCCCUGGGGUCCUCCCCUCCGGCUGCCACAGCGGUGUGAGGAUAGCCCAGCACUUCUUACUGCCCCUCCUAGACAGCAGGCACAGGAGCAGAGAGGUCCCUCCGACGUUUUUUAGGGGGCAGUGUGUCUUUAUUGGCCACGGACUACUCCAGCAUCUUUCUAGGGCGGGUGGCAGAAGCGAUGCCCAGGCCCUUGCCCUCCCCUCCUCCCAGCUGAUAAAGCAGGUGGAGGUCCGACCAACUCCACCCCCAUCUCCUUGCCUGGCCCUGUUUUGAGCUCUGGGGCUGCAGGUGCAGCCCUCGGAGAGCUCCCAGCCUGGUGCAGGAGACCAUGUGUGGUCCAAAGUGGGGACUGUGGGCAGUGAGGUCAGAGAAGCCUUCAAGAGUGACGGGUGCGAGAGCUGAGUCUUGAGGUUCAAACAGGACUUUUCACAGGUGAUAUUUGAGAGACGGAGAAACUGCAGCUUGGAGCCGAAUAGGGGUCUGUCCAAGGUUUUCUGGCCUGGGUGUUCCUUCCCUCCAGGCCACCCGGGGCUGGCCCUUGUUCCUUCCUAGCUAAUGCGGGUCCAAGCUUCAGAUCAGACUGAGAGAAGCAGCACAGAUCUCGUUUCCUUAACCUCACAACAGGUCGGCAGUGCCUGACUCCUGGGACCCAGGGACUGAGGAGGGUGCCCCGCCCCUGCUCAGCCCUUCAGAGCAGCUCCAGGUGCAGGGAAGGGCCUGGGGGCCUCUACUUGCUGCUUACUGAAAAAGGAAAUUUCCCCCCAGACUCAAACGCCAACCCUAAGAUUACACAGGCUCCAGGUCCCUGAGCACCGUGAUUUGGUGUCUGCAAGAUCACAGAUGCCUUUGCCUGGGCAGCCUGUGACCCCCACAUAGGAAGGCCUGCUCAGCACCAGGCUAUUCCCACUAAAAGGAGCUCAGCUAUGGGCCAGGAGCUCACAAACUUAUCAACUCCAUUCUAAAAGCUCAGACUGGAAAACCCCCAGGAAGCAUGGCAGAAGGCACUCCUAGCAGCACUGUUUGAUGGCAGGAACCUAGAAGUGACCCACAGGCCAUCAGGAAAAUGGAUCAGGAGCCAAGCCGCACAAUGCAACGUUACACAGCAGUGACAGUGCAUCCACUGCGGCUCGGCACGCACCGUGCACGCCGUGGAUGGAUCAGUAGUGACAUCGAGUGAAAAAAUCUAACGCCCUUAGUUCAAAAGCCAGUAAAUGGAACGUGUGGGCAUGUGUAUGCGUGUGACAAACCCAGCUUUCACGAUAGGAGUUAGUCUGGGGAGGGCAGGGGACAGGACGGGGUGGAAGCACAGUUAGGCCACCAUCGUGCACCAAGAUUCUAAGUGAUCUAAAUCCGUUUGCCUAAGGAGCCAUAUUUUUUAAAGGAAAAUUAAACACAGGAGAGCAUUUCUUGACACAAAAAGCACAAGCCAUAAGAAAACUUGCCUAUUUCAAAAUAAAAAGUGAAAAACAAUGACCAAAAAUACCGUAAAAGUUAACGACAAGGUGAGAGAGUAGAAAGACAUUGCGACAUAUA